UUGUUUGGAAUUGCUGAUACAGCUCAAAACCGCCAAGAUGACGAUCUCAAAGAACAACAAGAUGAUGCAACACAUCAAUUACAAGAUGAAAGUAAUUGUGCAGGACAAUCGAACUUUCAUUGGCUACUUUAAAGCUUUUGACAAGCAUAUGAACGUCAUUUUGUCUGAUUGUGAAGAACUUCGUCGCGUAAGGACAAAAACUGGUGGAAAGAAGCCGGUCAAUGAAGAAGAGAAGCGAAUUCUUGGUCUUGUACUUCUUCGAGGAGAUAAAAUAAUUUCCAUCUCGGUUGAGGGUCCGCCCGCGCGUGAUGAUUCUGGAGUUCAGAUGCCUCGUGCUGGAGGACUUGGAGGGGCUGGACAGGCGAAGAGUGCUGGACGUGGUGUUCCGCCUAUGGGUGGUGGAAUGAUUCCUCCAGGGCCUGGAAUGCCGUCGGUGCCGCAUGGACUUCAAGGGGCUGUUCGUGGUAUUGGUGGUCCUGGAAUGGGAGCAAUGCAGCCUGGUUAUAAUAUGCUGGAUGGGCCUCCAAGAUUCUAAGUGAAGAAAGAGCUUAAGUUGAAAUUAAAGAUGGAAAGAAUCUGUUGAAAACAAAUUUUGGAAGAUGUUCUAAAAGAAGAACUCUUAUAAUAUUUUGGUUGUCUUUUUCUCUUUAUUUUUUUGUUUUAUUUAUGAUCAAAAAAUUUCUCUUUUUUGGGAUUAAAUAUGUGAUGAAAACACUUGGAAUUUUUUUUUAUUUUAAAUUUGUUCUAUAAAUUUUCUCGGCUCUGGUUUAGGACAUGAAUCCGAGUGUAUGCGCCCCUAUAAGUGUAUUUAUUUGAUUUUUUGAUUCUUCUUAGGGUUCUGUGACAUUUUGGGGUUUUUUCUGCUUCGGUCCUGAUAAUACUUGAAGUCUCAGAAUUUGUUCGUGCUGUUCUGUAC